AUGGGAACUAAGUUAAUGGCGAAUGCAUCAGCACCAGUUCCGGUCCACUUAACCUUUGACAUUUCGAAAUUUACUGGGCCAAUCAACGAAUUCAUAUUUUCAACUAAUCAGAAUCGUACUCAGCCGUUCUUGCCUUUAUUCUCACUUCCCAUUACUAACCUGCAUCCGAUGAAUCUGAUUGCAAGUAAUAUUACAUUGCCGAAAGGUUUAUGUCCAAUCUGUGGCAAGAUAUAUGGAUCAAACAGAGAUCUUCAGAAUCAUGUGAUGGCUCAUCAUGAGCGUAAAUAUGAGUGCACAAAAUGCGCGAGAACAUUCAUAUCAGAGAAACGUAUGCGAGCGCAUGAACUUAAGAAACAUUCCGCGCAUUCAACAAAUUUUGUGAAAGAAAAUAACGGUGAACGGAAAUUAUUCGAGUGCAACCAGUGCGAUCGAACCUAUGAAACUUUUUAUAAUUUUAAGGAACAUUUAGCUAAACAUAAAGGCAAAUUAUUUCGAUGCACAAUUUGCAGCAAACACCUGUCCGGGCAGAGUGCUUUAAGCAGACAUGCAAAAAUUCACGAAAAACCUCAUGAAUGUAUGAUGUGUACUAGCAGAUUCAGUUCAGCAUACGAUUUGGAUUGCCAUUUCAGUUAUUACCAUUCAACCGUUAAACGGUUUAAAUGCUUUCACUGUAAUCGGGUACUAUAUAACUAUUCGGGUAAAUUACGCCACGAACGACUAUGUUCCUUGAAAACCACUGUCAUCAAAAAAGUCCCACAUUCUCAGACUACUAUCCUCCAAAAAACAAUACCUCGUCCUGAAGGAAUAAUUCGGGAAGAACCAGAAAAUGAAGUAGUAAAAAAACCCAGUGGUAAUGAGGAAUGCGAAAUCAUUCAGAAUCAUUCGACCACUGUUAAUUUGAUCUCAGAAUCGAAAUUUUACACGCCUAAAAUAGCACCUGAAAAUCCGUCCUCCAAAUCCAAACAAAGGAAAACAUUUCACAUUUGUGAUAUUAUGCAUGAUAUUCCAGAUAAAGAAUUGAUAACAAUGGCCAACGCUACCAAAGCGGAACAUCGAUUAAGUCACCACUUUAUUCAACUUUGUGCAUAG